AUGCCGCGCUGGAACAGUCGGUCGCCCCCAGUUCGGCAAGAACGCUCGAAACCGCGGGCUCCACUGCGGCUAACAGCCCGGGCGCCGUCGCCACGGCGGAGCAGCCCCCGCGGAGGCGCUGCCCGCCUCCUGGCAAGGAGUGACCGCAGGUCGCGGGAUCGGCCUUCGCCUCGCCGAGGCUCACCGUUUCGAAAGCCCAGUGCAUCACCGCCGGCAGAGAAUGGCAAGCGCCUUCGAGACGGUGUCGACCGUUCUGCGAGAAAGGGCAGCCCAGCGCAUGCAUCGCCGGACAGACUGAGGAGUCGCCGCCGUUCUGGCGAGGUGCGGAGGAGGAGCCCUAGUCCGCACCCCCACGCCACGGCCCCGAAGGCGGCGCCAAAAUCCCGGCGGAGGCGGCCCGAGGAGUCGCCAGCUCGGGUGCCCUCUCCAGCACCUGAGGAGCCGGAGGCGCCGGCAGAGGAGUCGGAGGCUCCGAAGCGGAAGAAGAGGCGACGGAAGGACAAAGCGCCAACCGAGGACACGGUCCCUGGUGUCACGCCAAAGGCGGCGCCUCUGGCUCCACCCAGCUCGCCCGAGGCCGCGCGAGUCGCCGGCAAUGCCCAUACUGGCGAAGGGCACCGUACAUCUCCUCCGGCACGCGAAGACACUGUCCGCGAGGCCGGAGAGAUGCUAGCGCCGCAUCAGGCGGCCACGAAGCCGAAGCGCCGAGCCAAGAAGCCUCGUGAAGCUACGGAGGAGCCAGAAGCUCCGCCCCAGGUGGCUGUGCCCACGGAAGCUAACGGCACAGGUGAGAAGGAGAAGCCAAAGCGCCGGAAGCGCAGGCAGAAGCCUGCUGAACAAGAGGCAGAGGCUCCGCCGAACGAAAAGCCUGCUGAGGCAUCCGUGCACCGUGCCGCCACUGCAGAUCAAGAGAUGUUGCUGGCGACAAUAGAGGAUCUCGCUGCGAAGGCACCGGCCUCCGUGGAGGAUGUGCCAGCAGAACGAGCUGCACAGGCACCGACGCGGCGGCGCCGCCGACGGAAGGUGCAAACAGCAGCUCCGGCUGCCGAAGAGGAAGUGCCUCCGAAAGAGGCAGAUGAACCUGAUGAGGCCGAUGCAAAGUACGGCGAUCUCAUCCGUUCCGUCUACCAGCGGCACAACCCGGCCAAGCUGGGGGAGGUGGAGUCGCUAUUGGAGAAGUACAAAGGCAUGGAGGCCGCGUUGUACCAGAAAGUUUGCGAGAAAUACUCGGAGCGACCACAGGACAUCGAACCUGGAGCUUCUGCUGCGGACGGCGGCCCCCCCCGAGGCUUCGCCAAGAAGGCCUCUGCGCCACCCCCGCCGGGCCCAGCGCCGAAAGCUGCGCCCAGUCGUGUUGCCACUGGCGAGGCGUGGCCCUUUGUCGAGGAUGAGGUAUCCAUGAACUCGGAGUCUUCCGAUGCGUCCUCGGACUCCGAGAAACCUCAGGCAGAGGCAGUUCCCGCGCCAGCAGAAGCUUCCCAUGGUCUUUCACAGCCUUCAGCCCUUCCGCCGGUCUCUGAUGUCGUGCAUCCUCCAGGCUUCCCACCGGAAGAGCCCAAUAGCCCGAGCUCGGCUUCCUCUUCGUCGAGUGCCUCGCCACCACCCCCGGCACACGACGAGUUGAUGCAAAGGUUCAGCUCCCUAGGUCCCCGAGCUUCCCCGCCAGGUGAUGCAGCCUCUUGGACUCAUGCGCUUCGUCACAGCGAGGCAGCUCCACCGCCGCGAACACCCGAGCCGCAGCCAGAGCUGCCGGCCUGGGCGCGGCCUCCAGGCGGAGGCGGGAGCUCGAGCCAUCAGCGCAGUCCCCCGCGGCUAGCGGAACCUCCGAGAGCGGUGCGCGAGGAUGCUCCGCUUCCUUCUUGGGCCAUGGUCCAAGACGGCCCUCCUGGCGAUUGGAGCAGCCGCCCUCGCAGCAGGUAUAACGGGCCGCCACCUCCGCCGAGCUACGGACCUCCUCCGAGGAUGGGGCCCGGGCCCGGACCUCACGGACCUCACGGACCUCCAGGCUGGGGAGGCAAAGGCUGGGGCUAUGCACCUGGAGGUUACGGGUGGGGCGGCGAGAGCAUCGGCAGCGCAUGGGCCGGCUAA